AUGGCAUUUCCAGCUCCCUCAUCAACUCUGCCAUCUCCCUCUACCUCCUUGGCUGCGGUCGAGAUGGCUUCUCUCUUCAUUGGUGACCAGAAGCCGUUUCCGGUCGUUACCACUAUUAGUGACCAUUUUGCUUCUGGUCGCCUUAUUACCUCCGUUCCACCAACCUCUUCUGUUGUUACCUCGAGCCUACCUUUAUCUGAGGUGGCCUCCCACUCCCACUACCAAAGUUCAUCACAGCCGUUACUUCCAUUUUGUUGUUAUCCUCCGCUUAUAUCCAGUCUUCAACCCCUCGAGACAGCCGCUCUUCCAGAACUUUGCCAGCCCACUUCAUGUAGCCCCUCCGCGAUAAGUUGUUAUGCCCAACCUCCCGCCAACUCACCUGCCUACUAUGCCUUGUUAAACCAUGACGUUGGGAUGCAGGGUUAUGCCCCACCACAGUCUCUUAUUCAGUCACAACAUAAUCUUCCAACAGCCUUGCCAAAAGCACCGGAUCAUUCAUUACAGUAUGAUUCCCAGUCCUUCCAUCAUUUGCGAGCUCCUUUGGCGCACCAGCACACUCAUGCAUCAGCUCUCAAGUCAUCAACUCCGACACUUACAAGCGGAUUUAGUGGCCUUCGUUCUCUCUACCCUCUUCCUCCCCCUCCCCCUCCUCCUCCCCCUCCUCCUCCAUCCCUUCUGCCAGUUUCUGCUCUGCCUCAGAUACCAAAUCCGUCUCUGCAGUUUCCAUCCUACAUUAUCGGCCGAUUGCCAGCAGCAUGCGGCUUGCAGACUAUUCCUAUGACCCUUACUACUCCUUUGGCCCAUAUUCCCACUCAGGUAACAUCAAUGUCAGCCGCACUAUUACCUCCACCACCUCCAUCACCUCCACCACUUCCUUCUGUUUCUGCCCUUUCCUCACUUACAUCUCACUUGCGCUCCUUUGCGCCGCAUUCAAACAAACAUUCUCUUCCUCCACCAACUACUUUCCCACCUACUUUGACCAAAGCUUCUGGCAGUCACAGCCUCUCUUCAACUUCUUCGGUAUCCGCAACUUCCACUUCAGUCACAAACAUCAACACCUACUCGCCAUCAAUAACAAAUGGGUCUGGCUCAUCGGCUGCAGUGGCUUCAAUCAAUAUAAGUAAUGGAGUAAACCAACGCAUCGCUCAGCUCCAGCAGGCGGGCCAUGACGCCUCCUUUCAGCUCAUACUCUUGCAGGACAUCAACCAGGUAAGGUCCAAUAUUGUCUUUUUAACGACAGCAAGAUAUCAAGAGCAGUUUUAUAACAAUCCAUAG